AUGAUUAUGAUGAUGUCACAAAGACCUAUACAAGCUUCCCUGUGUGCUUAUUACCUUCCUGUAUUAUUUGACAGAAUAUCUGAUCAAGCGGGGGUACCGAGUGCAGCUCCGCCCUGUACGGUAUGGCGUGGUAGCAUAAAGAACUUUAAAUUCAACACACCUUUCGAUCAAGAUCCAGUUUGCAAGCGUGCCGUGGAAGCAGUGAUAACAUCGAGUGUAAAAUUCCGUCGAGCCAGAACCUACCUCUGGUUCUGGUCUCUAUUAGACCAUGAACUCUUCAAACGAACCGGAUAUGGACCAAUGGACAACUGGCCAGGCACUGUUGAAUCCGUAGAAUAUAAUGAUCUCCAAAACAAGGGUUACCGCGUCAAGCUAGUUCCAGUGAAGUGGGCAAAUUAUUGUAUGUUGGAAAUAUGUGGACAUGAGGUAUUUCGCUGUAAUUUAAAGAAUUUAAAAUUUAACACGUGUGUCAAGCGCGAUGUAAUUGCUCAGAGGGCAAUAGAAGCUGUGUUGGUAUGUUCAUCCAUGUUGCGACGCGCUCGCGCCUACCUCUGGUUCUGGUCUCUCAUAGACCAUCAACUCUUCAGACGAACGAAAUUCGGGCCACAGGACUACUUUUUAACUAACGCAGACCAUGGCCGUCCUUUCGCAAGUCCUAGAGAUUGUGUGAAAUGUUGCGUCCCACCAACUUACGUGUUCCAGCGGCUAAAAUUGAAACUAAAGGACGCCCCAACAAAAUGGCGUAAAUACUUUUUAAAUAAACUAGAGCCACCGACUGAACGUCGUAAGUUGGUGUUACUAUCGAGAACUUUUCUUAACAUUAAAACAUUUCGAAACUACACGUUGCAUGUUUUGUUCCGUCAAAGUCCACGCACGCAAAUAAUACACGCACAGAAACCCUUAGAAAUAUAA